GAAACCUGGCCAUUAUAGCUAGCUUAGCCCAUUGUAGCUACUUUCACUCCCAAGUCCCACCGCUUGUGUUUUCUACUCAUGGGAAAUUCUACAUUGCAACACUAUUUCACCUUGUUGAUAGUCCUCUUCACUAUCUUUCUUGCUUUCAGUCCAAGAAUCCAGGCUCAAGUCGAUGAAACAAGCUUGAAGGCAAUGGGCGAUGCGCUAGAAUGGCCAAUGUCCAUGUAUUUCGAUGAAAGUAGUGAGCUUGAUGGUGGAUUGGUGGAUCUUGAUGACGGUGAAGAAACUAGUCGUAGAUCUUUACUUUGGACGAGAACGCAUUACUACAUCUCAUAUGGAGCUUUGUCUGCCAAUAGAAUUCCUUGUCCUGCAAGGUCCGGUAGAUCUUACUAUAGCCACAACUGCUUCAAGUCUAGGAUUCCUGUCAAUCCCUACUCAAGAGGGUGUUCUAGGAUCACUCGUUGCCGGAGAUGAGUGGCGGGUUUUGCUGGGUUUGUGCCUGAAUUAUCAAACGCUACUAGUAGACUGUGAUGAUAUAUGCAUGUGCUUGUGUAUUACUAUUUGUUAAGGCGGGAAUGUCUUAUGGGUUCGGACCAUUUUGCGGCAUUAUGCUUAAGAAUGCAUUAAUGGUGUUUUUGUAUGUGCCCGAAUAGUGUUUAUAUAAUAAUAUAGCAGUUAAAUUACUACUACUAAA